AGAUAACCGUGUGUGAAAUAAAUAUCAAUGAUUUCCAUUAAAUAUCUCUCAAAUCCAUUUUCCAGGCCCCGACGCCAGCACCAGAAGACACGAACGAUGUAGAAAUGCCGUCAGAAGCGGGAGGAGGAGGAGGAGGAGGAGGAGCACCACCACCACCACCACCAGCAGGGCAGGGCGCGGCGGCAGGAGGGUCGGUGGACCGGGGCUUGUUUGAGUUCACGAAGCAACAGCUCAACAGCCUCUUCCUGGGCGGCCUGCGCGGGAACGCCAGUGUUGUGGCGGGCUGCCAGAUCCCCGACCUCAACGUGCAGGCCCGGUGCUUCGCUAACGUGAUGGAAGUGAGCCUGAUCUCCCGCAUGGCACUAGUGGGCGGCCUGACCAUGGAAGGGGGAGACGGCUGGGCUGACAUGAGGGGCGCCUACCAAGUGGUGUACGCUGUCGUGGGCGGGGCGGGGCGGCGCGGGCGGCUCACCACACGCCUCCUCAAGCCCGACGUGGAUGUGGCCUGCGACUAUUGCCACUACCUAACCGUGCUGCUCUACCUCAAGGUCGACAAGGUGAAGUGUCUCCUGGUGGGGGAGUGCGCCGCGGCCCCCACUGCGCCCCCCAGACCCCCUCAGACCCCCACUCCUGGCGUCUACGUUCCUCCCACGACCACCACCACGACCACCACGACACCACCACCACCACCGCCAUCCCGCGCCCACGACCCCACCAUGACAGCCAAGACGACCAUGCAGCUAUUAGAAGAUUCUACGGGUCUGGACGGCGUGGAUGUCAGCGGCCCCGUCUCCCUGGGCACCAAACUGAGCCUCGUGAUCAGCGCCUUCAGUGUGGGUCUGCCCUUGGACCUUCACCUCGUUAAGUGUGAGGCGCGGGACGAGGAGGGGCGCGCCGUUGUGCUCCUGAAGGACGGGUGCAGCGUGUCACAGGUGCUUGAGGACUUCCGUGAGGUGGUGGAGGCCGCGGGCGAACCUCAGCUGCGCCGCGUGAGUCAGUACGCGCGGCUAAGGGUCUUCAACACGAGGGCGGCGCCGCAGAACAUAACACUGCUCUGUACGGUCAAGGUGUGCAGCGGGGAGUGUCCGGAGCGCCCCGCCUGCGUGAACUCAGACAUCAACCUGGGUCGGAGCAAGAGGCCCAUCGCGUCCCUGCACGCCCGCCAGGUCACCCUCGCCAAGGCCUUCCGCGUCGCCGGCUUCCCCAUCAAUCGCCCCAACGCCGCCGCCGCCGUCCCCGCCUCCCAGCCACAAAAACCUUCAGCGGCGGGGAACACUAAUAACCACCACCAGCAGCAGCAACAGCAACCAUCCAAGGACUGCGACUGUUCCCACAUCACGCAGCAGCAAGUCGACGCUCUGGCCAGGCCGCGGGAUUGCCUCUCUUACCGAACCCUCUACCUGCUGAUCGGGCUCUUCGCGGGGCUGCUCCUGCUCUUCGUCCUCAGCGCCUACUACUUCCUGCGCCGACCCUCGCUCUUCACACUCAGCAAGGGGCACAUGGAGGAUACGGAGUCGCCCUCACGAGCCCUCUACACCGAGUACUCAUCCCCUCGUCGCCGAACGCCGCAGUCCUCGCCGGAGUACUCAACGCUCACCAUGUCCAAAGACGCGCGACACUCCCCGAUGUACCCCCCUUAAAACUAGCCUUCUGCCAUGCUCUGAGUAGCCCAAAUAUCCUCUAAACUUGCUCAAAUACCCUCUAAAUAAGUCUAGAUGUCACUCUUACACUCCAAAUCCCUUAGCAUACAGCCAAACCAUUCUUAUAAUCCCAAAAGCUCUUAGUCUGUUCCACCCUUAUCCCCUAAACUUGCUCAAAUAUCCUCUAAACUUGCUCAGAUAUCCUCUAAACUUGCUCAAAUACCCUCUACAUAAGUCUAGAUAUCACUCUUAUGGUCCAAACAACACACUUUAAGUAACCCAAUGAGAGCCUAAAUGCUACCCUUGAAAGUAGCCCAAAUAUCCUUAAACUAGCCUAAACAACACUCUAAAUAACCCAGCCCGUAUGUUCCCUUAGCCAGUCGAAACACCCACUCUAAACCAUCCUAACAACCGCUUAACACGCUCAGGGAAGAAAAAUGAUUCAACAGUAAAUAAUUUAACUAAGAAUAUCAAAGAGAAGAGGAGCGCUGUGUAAUUAUGAUAUCGCUUCCUGCCUCUCCUUAUCGCCAUGUGAUCGAAGUCGCGUACCUGUAUAUAGUUUUACCUGUUGAUGAAUUAAUCGUUGCCGUUGAUUCAUUUUACCGUUAUUAGAGUUCAGAGUUGUUAUGUUUAGAGUUUUAUACUAGGGUUAAAUAUAUAUAGAUAGAUUACGUGAAGACUACAUAUAUUUAAAUAACAUUGCGUUUAGGCUAUAUAUAUAAUAGAGAUUAAUAUAAAAGAAUAUAUAAAUAGUACUGGAAUAUAUUAGUAGGCCAGUGAAGAAAUAUUGUGAUUAAUGAGAAUAUGAUUAUAAAUAGAAAAUGUAUUAAGAAAUAUUGUAAUGAAGGUUUAAGAGAAAAUCAAAUAUGUUUAUACCGGAGACUAUUUCGUAUAAUGCAGUAGAUCAUUAUUGUCUGUGUUCUAAGUGAUGAUGAUGAUGUGAUUGGCUUCUGUAUAUAUAUAUUUAACUAUUAAUUAAAUGUUCAUAUUUUCGGGUUCGUUCAACUCCUACU